AUGCGUUUGUCCCUACUUACUUUUGCCUGCAGCCUGUAUCUGAUUGCAGAUGCAUUGCAUCUCUAUGGUAGUGAAGGUAGCAGUUUCAACGUUCAGUCUGAGGCCUACAUUAAAGCCCUUACGGCCGAAAUUGAUUGCAACAAAUACGUCUCUUAUUAUAGCUAUGGCCCUCGCGACAUCGUUCCCACCAAGGAUCUCUGUAGACCUUGUCAUAUCAGACACAAUUUUAACUUGGAACUCGGCUUGCCCAAUUUUAAAUCUACCGGCUUUGACCCUAAGAAGAAGCGCUACUUCAAAGAUUUGCGUGCACUCGUUUACAUGGAAUGUCCCAAGGAAGCCCUGGCAGAGAGCUUUGCGCCAAUUUCCCAAGAAGGGCCUUCGAAUACAACGGAGUCAGCGCAAGAGACCUCGACAAUGAGCGAUACAGGUUCAAACACUGCAACCACUGCGGCCACUGCGACCACUGCGACCACUGCGGCAACAAGGAGUACUGUCACCAUAACAUCUUCCCCGUCAACAGAACGUAACAGGGCUAAGAAGUUUGAGCCAGGAUACAUCUUUAGUUAUUGGGCUCCGGUACUUAUGUUGUUCUGA